GACCCCAUGCGGCUGGGCGGCGGGCCGACGCUGGCGCAGAAGAAGAGGUCGACGGGCCCGAACGGAAGCUUCCCAGACACCGCCGUUUGCUACAACCUGCUCUCCAAUCUGCCAUAUCAGGAGCACCACUGGGCCAGGCCCGAGGACCGCCCGCGCAUGAAGGAGCGCGAGGUGCGGGAGCGGAUGGUGCCGCAGCAUCAGGUGAAGGACUUUCACAUCAUCAGCAACCGCUACCUGGACAACGACUCGGAGAGGAAAAGGCAGGACAAGCAGCAGGCCCUGGCGCAAGCGUCUUCAAAAUUCAUGAAGCAGAGCCUCUUCGACCCGGUGGUGCAAGAGUUCCAGGUCCCCGAGCGAGAG